GUGUGCAGAGCAUCCUUACCUCAGACCUUCCAGCAGGAGCAUCUCUAACGCAGCAGAGCCUCUGCUACUACAGGUGUGUGACAGUAACACACGUCAGACCAAACCUGCUUUCCGUGUUCAUGCAUCUCCCAGUGCGUCUGAAGAACAUGGGACUGGCUUCUCUGCUGCUUCUCCUCUGCUCCCUCCUUCACACAAAUGCAUUUACCACAUGCGGAACAAAGCAAUUCGAGUGCGGGAACGGGAGAUGCAUGUCCUUCAGAUGGGUGUGCGAUGGCUCAGAUGACUGUGGAGAUGGCACUGAUGAACUUCCUGGUACCUGUUCGGCUAAAACGUGUCGGCCGACAGAGUUCAGCUGCAUGGACCGUCUGAACCAGUGUAUCCCCAGCACCUGGCGCUGUGAUGGAGUAGCUGACUGCGAGAAUGGGACUGAUGAAGACACCUGUGCGCCAAAGCAGUGCACAGACAACGAGUUCCGCUGCAGGAGCGGCCAGUGCGUGUCGGCCUCCUUCGUGUGCGACGACGAGGCAGACUGCGACGACGGCAGCGACGAGGCCGCGUGCCCGCCCGUCACCUGCAGCGCCACGGCCUUCCAGUGCAACAACACCGUUUGUGUGCCGCGCCUGUGGGCCUGCGACGGUGACACCGACUGCACCGACGGCUCGGACGAGUGGCCUCAGAACUGUGGUACCAAGACACCGGCCUCUGCUCCCACUCACCAGUGCUCCUCCCUGGAGUUCAGCUGCGGAAGUGGAGAGUGCAUCCACGGCAGCUGGAAGUGCGACGGAGGAGCCGACUGCCUCGAUCGAUCGGAUGAAGCCGACUGUGCUCGUCCCACCUGUCGUCCUGAUGAGUUUAGAUGCGGCGAUGGCACUUGCAUCCAUGGGAGCCGUCAGUGCAACCACCAAUAUGACUGCAGGGACAGGAGUGAUGAAACGGGCUGUGUCAACGCGACCCACUGUGAUGGCCCGACCAGGUUUAAGUGCCGCAGCGGCGAGUGUAUUAGCAUGGAGAAGGUGUGUGACAAGCACCGUGAUUGCAGGGAUUGGUCAGAUGAGCCCCUGAGGGAAUGUGGCUCCAAUGAGUGCCUGUACAACAACGGCGGCUGCUCUCAUAUCUGCAAAGACCUGAAAAUCGGAUACGAGUGCCUGUGUCCUGCUGGAUUCAGCCUGGUUGACACCAAACGCUGUGAAGACAUCGAUGAGUGUGCCAACCCGGACACCUGCAGCCAGAUCUGCAUCAACCAGAUAGGCAGUUACAAGUGCGAGUGUGAGGAGGGUUACCAGGUUGACCCGGCAACCAAAUCCUGCAAGGCCGUCGGAACAAUAGCGUACCUUUUCUUCACCAACCGUCAUGAGAUCAGAAAGAUGACUUUGGACAAAAGAGAGUACACCAGAGUGAUCCCCCGUCUAAAGAACGUCGUGGCUCUGGACAUGAACAUGGCCGCCAAAGAGAUCUACUGGUCAGACAUCUCCCAGAAGAAAAUCUACCGAGCUCAGAUGGACUCGGCUGAAGACUCCACUCGUCACAGCAUAGUGGUCGACAGCGACAUCGAUGCUCCCGAAGGCAUCGCCUUCGACUGGAUCCAUGGUAACCUGUAUUGGACCGACAGCAUACGCCGCACCAUCUCCGUGGUAACUGCUGAUGGCCGCUGUCGUAAAACUCUCUUCCACCAAGACUUAUCGAAGCCCCGCGCUAUAGUGGUCGACCCCCACAGCAACUUCAUUUACUGGACAGACUGGGGAAACCCUGCUAAGAUUGAGAAGGCGGGUCUUAACGGAGGAGACCGCGCCGCUCUGGUCACCGACAACAUUGUGUGGCCCAAUGGCAUCACACUGGACCUGUUGAACCAGCGGCUCUACUGGGUGGACUCUAAGCUGCACACCCUCUCCAGUAUCGACGUGCAGGGCGGUGGCCGACGCACCCUCAUCAUCGACGAAGACAAGCUGGCUCACCCGCUGGGACUCGCUGUGUUUGAGGAGAAAGUGUUCUGGACGGACAUCAGUAACAGCGCCAUUCUCAGCGCAAACAGGCUGACCGGUGAUGACAUUACACCGGUGGCGGAGCACCUGUCGUCACCAGACGACAUUAUUCUCUACCACAACCUCAAACAACCUGCUGGGAGGGAUUGGUGCCAUGUUUCCAACGGCGGCUGUGAAUUCAUGUGUCUGGCAGCUCCUCAAGUGGGAAGACAUCCUCCCAAAUACACCUGCGUCUGUCCGGAUAACAUGAUGCUAGCCAGAGAUAUGAGAGCAUGUGUACCUGUGCCACCUGGGACCGCAACCAGGACCACACCCAGGCCCACACCCAGGACUACACUCAGGACUACACUCAGGACUACACUCAGGACUACACUCAGGACUACACCCAGAACCACACCCAGAACCACACCAGAACCCCAGGUCCAUACCACCACCACAGUGCCUAUUGUAAUCACCAGCUCUGCGGCCAAGCCAGCACCACACACCACCAAGCCGCCGGUCAGGACCACCACACCUCCACCGAGGACCCCCUCACCCCCGCCAAUGAAGCCUAAAAUUUCCCAGACCACCACAGAGGCUCCAGUCACCUCUCCAGAUAUCCGACGUGAAUUUGCUGCAGCCAUACCUGCCUCCAACGCCCCAGUGGCUCUGUACAUCGUCUUACCUCUGGCAAUUGUUUGUCUCGUGGCCAUUGGCGGCGUGCUGAUCUGGAGGAACUACAGGCUGAAGAACACCAACACGAUUCACUUCGACAACCCCGUCUACCAGAAAACCACCGAGGACCAGGUUCACAUCUGGAGGAGCCACAGCCCCGACGGUUACGCCUACCCUAAAAGACAAGUUGUGAGCUUGGAUGAAGAGGCAGACAAUCCAGCCUUCACAGAAAACUGAAAAGUAUCAGCGCAGUGGAAAGAAGAGCGUCGAUGAUAAGCUACCUUGGAUGUCCUUUUGUAUUUUUACCUCACUCAGUACAAAGAUCUGGAAAUCAGAGCCAGUCUCAGACAAGCUUGAACCACUAUAUCCUCACAGAUGAAUAAGCGCUCUACAGUAGAAAAACCAGGGUGAAACACCAAAUCAUACCAAAUCAUCCGCUGAUGGAUUCCUCAAUAUAAAGUUGUUGUUUUUGUUUUUUUUUUUUACUUGUUAUCGUAACUGUGAUCCUGACGAUAUAACUGGAGAACUGUUUCGUUGUUAAAGCCACAUGUUGUCUUGCUGCGUGCGUCAGUUUGACUGAACUCAUUUGAUGCAGCUCGUAAAUUGGGAUUUCCGUCCAACACACGUUACGUCACAUCAUGUUACACGUUCACAAAUGAGUGUUGUAAAUAUCACUGUCUAUUAUUUUUGUCUUCCAGUGCUAAGUGACAAGCUGUUAAUGGCACAUUAUCAUAUCUUGAACUAUUUAUAGUUUAAAGCAACAGUAGAUAUUUUGGGAAAUAUGCAUAGUCACUUUGUUGCUUAGAAUGAAGCUAAAACCAGCAACAAGGCAGUUAGCUUAGCUUAGCAUAAAGACAGGAAACAGGGAAAAACAGCUGCUUCGAAAAGCCGCCAACCAGCACCUCUAAAGCUCUGAAGCUCACUAUCAUGUUUUAACGUGUUUAUUUAAUCCGUUUAUGAGCGAAUUUAGUGCUCUGAAGUUUUUGUUGUUUUGUGUGAGGUGGUCAGGAAAUCAAGAAAUUACAGAACGUAACUUCUUGUAAAACCACAACAGUCGUGAUCAGAUUUAUAUUUUGUAUAUAUUAAACAGCGUCAGUUAAUGAGCUUUUGGUGCCGGUCGGCAGAAAACAGCUAGGCUAACCGUUUCCCUGUUUCCGGUCUUUAUGCUAAGCUAAGCGAAGCAAAUGUCACCUUUAAUCUACACACGUGAGAGUGGAGCCAGUUUUCUCAUCUCACUCUUGACAAGAAAGCAAAUAAGUGUUUUUCUUCCCAUAAUGUCAAACUGUUCCUCUGCUUGUUCAUCGGAAACAAGAAAAUCCGAGCCGGUUUUAUCCAGAGACGAACACUAACACGAAUUCAGCAUGUGCCAGUUUAACCAGUGUGACCUCAGUAAGUUUCAUAGUGAUUUUUUUACGCUAGCAGUUGCCUCAGUAGACGAGCUAAAAUAUAACCCAAAGGGACCUAGAGUCGCUGCUGUAGGUAACCUCAGUGAAAACACACUGUGCCUUGAACAAUGUAUUCUGUGUUCGUCUUCAGAUUUCACUUUUCACCGUAUUUCUUUGAGGCUAGCCGGUUGUUCGCAGUGUCCUUCAGCAGCUGUCUGUAGUUUCACAGUUUCCCAGGCGCUUUUCCUGCUCCAUUCUCCUGAUUUGCGAUCGGCUGUCUGUGCAUUGGAGAGCCAUCUUUAAAUUUUCCUUCCCGGUAACCCCCCCACCUCCUCAGGAGGACCACUGCAUUCCCCAAAGUCAGAAAAGCUUUUGAAGCAGCCACGUGUGAGCAGUGGGGCCUAGUCCACGACCUCUACCGUGGCACGUGUAUAUAUUCACAUCCUCCCUUUGGACCAGAACUUCAGUUUGCCUUAUUCCAGCCGUCCUGACAAAACAAAGCCAUGUGCCAUAUCGCUAUUUUUAAAACUCAGCGACUGUUUGAGCUCAUUUAUUCGUUUUACUGAUAAAUAUGUGCCUUUUGUAAUCACACGAUUUGUUCACAUGUUCUCGCUGGUGCUAUUGAACUCUGUAUAAGAUCAACGUGUCCGCCUGUUUACAAUGACUUGUUUGAGGGACGUGGCGGCGUUACAUGCAGGUGAGGUUACACCUAACAAAGAUGUUGCUGUGAUGUGGGUCGAUGAGUCGUGAGGCUUUUUGUAAGAGAAAAUAAUCCAUAAGUGCUAGUGAAGCUGUACAUAAAUUCAAAUCCACUAAUGUGCAGAUUAAGUGUGUAAAUAUAAUGUUCAUAAAUGUAAAUAUUUGUUCUUUAUGUUUUUGUUUUUUUUUGGUAAUAAUGUCAAUGUCUUAGCCUUUGUUGUGAACUUUUGCUGUACAUAAAUAAAUGCUUCUAUUUAUUAUAGAA